CCCGAUGUGUAUGUGAAACGCGUUUGAGGAGGAACAAAAAAUGGCCGAGAACCUGCUGGACGGGCCGUCGUCUGCCAAACGGCCCAAACUCAACUCGCCGGCGCUCUCCGCCAGUGACAGUACAGAUUUCGGAUCGUUUUUUGAAUUAGAAAAUGAUUUGCCUGAUGAGUUGAUCAGAACGUCCGACUCUUUAGGACUGCCCAACGGUGGCCAAAUGAACAGUGGUGGCAGCAUUACCCCGGACGUUGCUUCCAAACACAAACAGCUCUCGGAGCUUCUGCGAGCCAGCAGCAGUUCUAAUCUCACCGGAGGGCUAGGCAAUGUGAAUUCGAGCAGCAACGCAGGCAGAUCCAUGGACAGUCCUGGCCAGAGCCAGAAUAGCUCCAGUGUAAGCAGCAUGGGCAAGAGCCCUCACAAUCAAGGGCUAACUUCACCUCCCAGUCUGGGAAUAGCAUCUAGCAGUUCAACUUCUUCAACUCCUGGAACCCAAGCACUGAACCAACAAGCACAAAAACAUGGAGAGCAGAAACUUCAUAACUCUGCAGCAUCAGCCAUGGGACCUGCCAACAGCAGUCCUGGUACUCAGACUGGACCAGGAGGAAUGAGCAUCAAUACAAACCUCAGUCACACACACCAGGCUCUGCUGAAUAGCAGCAAUAACAGCCAAGGGUUGAUGCAGCAAUCACAGCAGGGGCAGGGACAGGUGCUGAAUGGAUCAUUGGGUGCUGCUGGCAGGGGUAGAGGAGGCAUGCAGUAUUCAAAUUCUGGACUGGGUAACUCAGGCAGUGUGCUAGCAGAGACGUUAGCCCAGGGAUCAACACAAAUGAGUGCACACACGGGUCUAAAUGCAUCGCAAGCUGGAGCUAUGGCGAAAAUGGGGCUUUCAGGUAAUGCAAAUCCAUUUGGACAGGCAUAUGGUCAAGCUGGUGGUCAGCAAUUGGGUGCUGCAGGUGUUGGAUCUCAAUUACAGAACAAAAGUGGUCUUUCCAACAGCCUGUCUCCUUUUCCAGCUGAUUUAAAGGGUACUACAGUUACAAAUGUGCCAAACAUGUCCCAGCAGCAGCCCCAGAUUCAACAGGUACCAUCACAGGUACCAACCCAAGGAAUGGGAUCUGCACCGACUGCAGACCCCGAGAAACGAAAGCUGAUACAGCAGCAGCUGGUCCUACUGCUUCACGCCCACAAAUGCCAGCGGAGGGAGCAGGCGAACGGUGAGGUACGGCCCUGCUCGCUACCCCACUGCCGAACCAUGAAAAACGUCCUGAAUCACAUGACUCACUGUCAGGCAGGCAAGUCAUGUCAGGUUGCUCACUGUGCAUCAUCAAGACAGAUCAUCUCUCACUGGAAAAACUGCACUCGACAUGACUGUCCGGUAUGCCUACCCCUGAAAAAUGCCAGUGACAAAAGGAAUCAACAACAUUUUGGUCUGUCAUCCUUCGCACGCAAAGAAUUAGCCUUGUUGGGUUCUCCACCAAGUGGGUUGUCAAACACUGUCGGUGCGGUGGGAAGUGGUCCACAAGGCACAUCCAGCAGCUCUAACCCAAUCGAUCCCAGUUCCAUGCAGAGAGCCUAUGCUGCACUUGGACUGCCCUAUGGUAAUCAGUCACAAGGGCAGUCUCAGGUACCAGGUCAGCAGCCAACACCGUCUCACGUCCACCAGCAAAUGAGACCAAACCCAAUGGCAGGUACUAACCAGAUGAACAUGGUUGGUGGAGGGAUGAGUGUCCCGGCCACUGAUCAACAGUCAAACCUGAUGUCCGACUCUGCUCUUCCAUCCGCCCUUGGUACACCAAAUCAAAUGCUGAAUGAUGGCACAAAUGUUGGCAACAUUGGCACAUUGCCAACAGCAGCACCUUCUACUAGUGGUGUGAGGAAACAGUGGCAUGAACAUGUAACUCAGGAUCUACGUAAUCAUCUGGUUCAUAAGCUUGUUCAAGCCAUAUUUCCAACCCCUGACCCAGCAGCAUUGAAGGACCGUCGUAUGGAGAACCUUGUGGCAUAUGCUCGGAAAGUAGAAGGAGAUAUGUAUGAAUCUGCUAAUAGCAGGGAUGAAUACUAUCACCUACUUGCAGAAAAGAUUUACAAGAUUCAGAAAGAGUUGGAAGAAAAAAGACGCUCACGGCUUCAAAAACAGCAGCAGGGAAUGAUGCCAAACCAGGGAACCAUGACUGGUCCAGGGACCCAGCCACCUGGCAUGUCACAACCCCCAAGUAUGGCCCAGGUCCCGCCUGUUCGACCACCUAAUGGACCUUUGUCUAUGCCGAAUGUGCCAAAUCAGAUCAUAAAUCGCAUGCCAGUGUCUCAAGGUAUGAAUCAGUUUAGCCCAAUGACUAUGGGAAAUGUGCAAAUGGCGCAAGGGCCCAUGGGGCCACGUGCAACUCCUCCCAUGAACCAUUCUGUACAGAUGAAUAAUAUGGGAUCAAUUUCAGCGAUGGGAAUGUCGCCAUCCCGAAUGCCACAGCCCCAGGGUAUGAUGGGUGUGCAUGCCAAUAACAUCGGUCAGCCUUCCUCCCAGAGCCAGUUUCUGCCACAGAACCAGUUCCCUCCAGCGUCUGGUGGAAUGAAUGUGAAUAAUGUGGGCAUAUCUCAGCCUACAAAUCAGCCUGGAAUGAAUCAGCAGGCACAGGCUCCCAGCACUUCGCUUCCUUUGAGCAAUUCUGUAAACAUGAUUGGACCGCCCAGUGGUCAAAUUCAUUGUCCGCCAGUCUCGCAGCCAGCUCUCCGCCAGACUCCGCCACCUGCCUCUGCCCCCGCUGCCACUGCUUCUGCUCCUGGAAAUAUACCACCCAUCCAGCACCCUGCCCCGUCUGGUAUGACUUCCCCUCAACCUGCAACAUCCCAGUCUCAGGCCUCUACUCCAGCAUCCUCCUCAGGCCGGGCCUCAACGCCAACACCAACCCCAGCACCACCGCUGAGCACCACCCCAAAUCAGACUCCAUCUCAAGCUCUGACUCCAGGACAGCCUCCAACUCCAAUACAAUCCCAACAGUCUGUACCAACUCCACAGCCUUCCCAGCAGUCAACUGCACAGCCUCAGCCUUCCACUCCACUCUCUCAGUCUGCAGUGAGCACAGAUGGCAGAGCAGCUACCCCUGCCUCUGUUGCUAGUACUGACACCAACUCUCAGCAACUUACAGCGGAAGCGCCACUAUCUGAAACUAAACCAGAGUGCAAAGUGGAAGAGAUGGAAUCGGAGAUACCAGAAACUCAGACAGAUGUUAAAGCUGAGAAUGAAGAGAUGCCACAGGUGAAAGAGGAGAGCAGUGAGAGUGUCGACACUAAGCCAGGUCCCAUGGAGGAGGAUGGCAAAACUGAAGUUAAAACUGAUCCCAAAGAGGAAGAGGAGGUUGGUGCCAAUGCAUCUUCCCAGUCCUCUGCAUCGCCACCUCAAUCCCGCAGGAAAAUAUUCAAACCAGAGGAGCUAAGGCAGGCUCUUAUGCCCACACUGGAAGCAUUGUACCGUCAGGACCCAGAAUCCUUGCCAUUCAGGCAACCAGUGGAUCCUUUACUUUUAGGAAUUCCUGAUUAUUUUGACAUAGUGAAAAAUCCUAUGGACCUUUCCACAAUAAAACGCAAGCUAGAUACGGGGCAAUACCAGGAGCCAUGGCAGUAUGUGGAGGACGUAUGGUUGAUGUUCAAUAAUGCUUGGCUGUACAACCGCAAGACCUCACGUGUAUAUAAAUACUGUACAAAGUUGGCUGAGGUCUUUGAACAGGAAAUUGAUCCAGUCAUGCAAACGCUAGGCUACUGUUGCGGACGGAAGUAUGAGUUCUCCCCUCAGACAUUAUGCUGCUAUGGGAAGCAGCUAUGUACAAUCCCUCGCGACUCAACAUAUUUCAGUUAUCAGAACAGGUACCACUUCUGUGAAAAGUGCUUCAACGAGAUCCAGGGGGACAGUGUCACUCUUGGUGAUGACCCUGCCCAACCGCAAACGACUAUUUCAAAAGAUCAGUUUGAAAAGAAGAAAAAUGAUUCAUUGGAUCCUGAGCCUUUUGUUGAAUGUAAAGAUUGUGGUCGUAAAAUGCAUCAAAUCUGUGUUCUCCAUAACGAAACAAUCUGGCCCUCAGGCUUUGUCUGUGACAAUUGCUUGAAGAAAGCGAGUAGAACCAGAAAGGAAAACAAAUUCAAUUCUAAAAGAUUACAAACAACCAGGUUAGGAAAUCAUUUGGAAGACCGAGUGAACAAAUUUCUACGACGUCAAAAUCACCCAGAGGCUGGAGAGGUGUAUGUGCGUGUUGUAUCGAGCUCAGACAAAACUGUGGAAGUCAAGCCAGGAAUGAAAAGCAGGUUUGUGGAUUCAGGUGAAAUGUCUGAGACAUUUCCUUAUAGAACCAAAGCACUUUUUGCUUUUGAAGAGAUUGAUGGAGUGGAUGUCUGUUUCUUUGGAAUGCACGUACAGGAAUAUGGAUCUGACUGCCCAACUCCAAAUACAAGACGUGUGUACAUAUCAUACCUCGACAGCAUUCACUUCUUCCGCCCAAGAUGCCUCCGAACUGCAGUCUAUCAUGAAAUCUUAAUUGGAUAUCUGGAGUAUGUGAAAAAACUUGGUUAUACGCAGGGCCACAUUUGGGCAUGCCCGCCCAGCGAAGGGGACGAUUACAUCUUCCAUUGCCACCCAGCAGAUCAGAAGAUCCCCAAACCUAAACGGCUGCAGGAGUGGUACAAGAAGAUGCUGGACAAAGCUUUUGCUGAGAGAAUUAUACACGAUUACAAGGAUAUCUUCAAACAGGCAACAGAGGACCGACUCACCAGUGCAAACGAGUUACCUUAUUUUGAGGGUGAUUUUUGGCCAAAUGUACUUGAAGAAAGUAUAAAAGAAUUAGAACAAGAGGAAGAGGAGCGCAAGAGGGAGGAGAACAGCAUCCCCACUGAAGCACCUGAUGGAAAGAAAGGCGACAGCAAAAACGCAAAGAAAAAGAACAACAAGAAAACCAAUAAGAAUAAAAGUAGCAUUAGCCGAGCCAACAAGAAAAAACCUGGAAUGCCGAAUGUAGCCAAUGACUUGUCCCAGAAACUCUAUGCCACAAUGGAAAAGCAUAAAGAGGUGUUUUUUGUGAUACACUUUCAUGCUGGCCCAGUCUUAAACACAUUACCAUCAGUUGUGGACCCUGAUUCUUUGCUAAGCUGUGACUUAAUGGACGGCCGUGAUGCUUUCCUGACACUGGCCAGAGAUAAGCACCUGGAAUUCUCUUCGUUAAGGCGUUCAAAGUGGUCCACCAUGUGCAUGCUGGUGGAACUGCACAACCAAGGGCAGGACCGCUUUGUCUACACAUGCAAUGAGUGCAAGCACCACGUGGAAACACGGUGGCACUGCACAGUCUGUGAGGACUAUGACCUGUGUGUCAAUUGCUACAACACUAAAGGCCAUGAGCACAAAAUGGUUAAAUGGGGCUUAGGCCUGGAUGAUGAGAGCAGUAACCAGCCCGAUCCAUUGUCUAAGAGCCCUCAGGAGUCCCGUCGUCUCAGCAUUCAACGCUGCAUUCAGUCUUUGGUCCAUGCCUGCCAGUGUCGCAAUGCCAACUGCUCGCUGCCAUCCUGUCAGAAAAUGAAGCGGGUUGUGCAGCACACCAAGGGCUGUAAACGCAAGACCAACGGGGGCUGCCCUGUGUGCAAGCAGCUCAUUGCCCUCUGCUGCUAUCAUGCAAAACACUGCCAAGAGAACAAAUGUCCUGUGCCAUUCUGUCUCAACAUCAAACAUAAGUUACGUCAGCAGCAGCUCCAGCACCGGCUGCAGCAAGCCCAGAUGCUGCGUAGAAGGAUGGCCACCAUGCAGCGUGGAAAUGUGCCGCAGCAAACAUUGCCUUCUCCUACCUCAGCUAUGCCUGGUACACCAACUGGACAGCAGCCCGGCAACCCUCAACCCCAGCCUCCGCCUCAACCACCACCACCCAAUAACUUGUCAAGCGGUUUCUCUAAUCCCCCAAGGACUCAACCCUCUACCACUGUCUCGCAAGGAAAGCCCACGAACGAGGUAGCACCACUUCCCCAGGCUCCUCCUGCUCAGCCCCCACUGGCUGCGGCAUUGGAAAUAGCUCGAAAGAUUGAGCUGGAAGCCCAGCAGCAGCAGCAGCUUUACCAAAUGGCAAACCUGAACAAUGGCAUAGGACGGCAAAGCAUGAUGACGCAGCCAAUUGGGGCCGUCAACCAGAUGCCAGCAGUCAGCAUGAAGGUUCCUCGCCCUCCCAUGAACCAGGUGAUGUCCAGCAUGCAGACUAGCCAGUGGCCACAAGCAACGACACUGUCACAGCCACUGCAGCCUGGCAUCCCCAGAACUGGCAUUCAGAUGACACCACCACAGACUCCAGGGGGACAGAGGAUGCCGGGCACCCAACAAACCCCGAGAAGCAACAUCUCCCCCAACGCUCUCCAGGAUCUCUUGAGGACUCUCAAAUCGCCCAGCUCUCCCCAGCAGCAACAGCAGGUUCUUAAUAUUUUAAAAUCCAACCCUCAACUUAUGGCAGCAUUCAUAAAACAGCGAACGGCUAAAUACCAGGCCAGCCAGCCUGGCAUGCAGCCUCAGCCUGGCAUGCAGCCUCAGCCUGGCAUGCAGCCUCAGCCUGGCAUGCAGCCUCAGCCUGGCAUGCAGCCUCAGCCUGGCAUGCAGCCUCAACCUGGCAUGCAGCCUCAACCCCAGCCCAGAAUGCAGCAGCCAGGCAUGCACACUCAAGCAAACAUGCAGAAUACCCUGCAGAAUAUGAACCCCAUGCAGCCAGGUGCCCCCCGGCCUACCUUGUCAUCACAGCAGCCAGGCAUGAGUGCUAUGAACGCCCAGGGACAAAGCAUGAACAUGAUGAACCCUGGACACAACCCAAGUAUUGUUCCAUACAGGGAUCUGUUAAUAAGACAUCAACAACUAUUACAACAGCAGCAGCAGAGCACUGGUAUGACUGGAGGGAUGGCAGGGCACACCCAGUUCCAGCAGUCACAAGGACCAGCUUACACGGGCAUGCCACAACAACGGAUGCAGCAGCACAUGUCCAUGCAAGGUGGGCCAAUGGGACAGAUACCCCAAAUGGGGCAGAUUAACCAACUGGGUCAGCCAGUGAUGGGAGCUGAGGGGCCUCCAACCAUCCAACAGACGAUCCAACAGCGGAUUCUCCAACAGCAGCAGCUGAAGCAGCAGAUGGCCUCCGCAGGCCAGCCAACCCCCAUGAGCCCCACCCAGCACAUGCUCUCAGGACAGCCCCAAGCAUCUCACCUCCAAAACCAACAGAUCGCCACCUCCCUCAGCAACCAAGUGCGGUCUCCGCAGCCUGUCCCAUCACCGCGACCCCAAUCCCAACCUCCGCAUUCCAGCCCUUCACCCAGGAUGCAACUACAACCUUCUCCGCACCACGUCUCCCCCCAGACUGGCUCCCCUCACCCAGGACUAGCAGCUCCUCAGGCCAACCCCAUGGAUCAGGGACACUUUAGCAGCCAAGAACAGAGUGCAAUGCUUCCACAACUGACUAAUCCAAGCAUUAGUGCUAUACAUAGUGCAACAGGUGAUUUAGGACUGGGUGCUGAUUCCAGCCUAACAAGCUCCACUAUUACAUGCGACACACUAGAAAAGUUUGUGGAAGACUUGUAGCGUUUUGGGAGCAAUUUUUCCUUGGACUUUUUGUACUGAAAAUUUCAGCUGUCUGGGGAUUAACCAUCCCUAGAAGGAACUGCAACUUCUUCCUUCAACCUUAAGGAAUGACUUGCUGUUAAAUACAAAGAAUAUAUUUUUUGUUCA